AUGGCUCUGCCUUACAAUCGACCCAACGCCCCAGCCAUCUUCUUUCGAGAUCCUGAAUACCUCGCCAACACCGGUCUCACACGCCUCACGGCCCUCGAAUACUUUUCCCAUUCAUCUUUUUUCGACAAGAGAUGCACCAACGAGGUGCUGCGCAUGCAGAAUUUGGCCAGGCUGGGCGCAAACGCAGCGCGAAGAGACCCCAAAGAGCUUCAACUGGAGUUGAGAAAGUUCAGAGGUAUCGAGUUUGUUCUAGCUGAGUCUUUGGAUGGAGCGGAGACAACGGCCUCGGACCUUUUCAUCGUUCACAAACGCUUAAGAGAGGGAUCAGAGGACAGCCAAGUCAAGCUUCUGCAGGUCUACUUCAUCCUCAGCGGAGACAUCAUGCGAGCACCAGAUCUGUAUCGUCUGGUUGGUGGAAGACUUGUGAGUGUUAGCAGCAUGGUGCAACCUCGCGGCGACCUUCUCAGACGGCACUGCGAGACAAACCUUGGCGCUCAUUGUUCUUGA